AUGUCUGUCCAAGAAGUGUCUUAUCCCUCUGGGGACUCGCUCGCCUCGUGCGAAGUUUCACGGCUUCAACGCCACGGAUACCUCUUUGGGAAGAAGCUGGCCAAUUCCCUUUCACCCUUUCUUCACAAUGUCAUCUAUCAAGAUCUUGGCCUGCGAUGGGGUCAGGUCCGACUCGACUCGGCGGAUAUUCCCUCCUUCUUGAAGCUUGCCCAACACCCCGACUUUUACGGCGCUUCGGUAACAAUGCCCAACAAGGUCGCCAUCAUCCCCUACUUGGAUGAGCUGACUGAAGAGUGCCGCGACGUCGGUGCUUGCAACACACUUUUCCUCCGGGAACAAGACGGCCGCCGCAUCUUCUGCGGCGCCAACACCGACGUCAUCGGCAUUCGCGACGCCUUCUACCAAAAUAUCGCUGACCCAGACGGCGUGUUCCACGAGAAGCCCGCCCUCGUGGUCGGCGGUGGCGGCGCAGCCCGCAGCGCCAUCUACGCCCUGCGCAAGUGGAUGAAGGUCAAGGCCAUCUACCUCGUCAACCGCGACGAGUCAGAGGUUGAAGCCGUCAUCAAGGACUGUGCGGAGCGCGGCUACGGCGAUGACCUUGUUCACGUGAAAACGGUCUCGCAAGCCCUGGACCUCGAAAGCCCCGGCGCCAUCGUGGCGUGCGUGCCAGACUUUGAGCCCCAAACAGCAGAGGAGAUUCUCGCACGACGCAUUACCGAGACAUUUUUGGAAAAGGAGCGCAAGGGUGCCAUUUUGGAGAUGUGCUACAACCCUACACCGUUUACGCGGUUGGGUGCGCUGUCCGAGGAGAAUGGGUGGCAGGUUAUUCUUGGUACUGAGGCGUUGAUCUGGCAGGGUCUGGAGCAGGAUAAGUACUGGACUGGAAGGCCGAUAGAGGAGCUUCCGAGGGAAAAGGUUCAGUUGGCCAUUGCGGAAAAGGUUGCUCAUAGGGCUCAGGAGUCGAAGCUGUGA